GUGAGAGGUACGAUAUCACCUCAUGCGAUAGUAUUCUAGCUCAGUAGUAAACUAACUCUAACCGCUGCUAGCUGCAUUGUCUCUGCUCCCUGGGGUGCAUGUGUGUAGUGGUGCCUGAACUAACUUGAUUGUCUAAAGAGAUCACCUCAACUUUGCUGCAAGGUGUAACCAUGUCUCAGACUGAAGUAACUCCAGCUGUGGCCAACGACACAAAGCCAGGAGCUAAAGAACAAGAGGAGGACCCUCUCUCAAAGAUCACCCCAGCUCAACUGUCUCUCAUCACUGAGACCUGGGCGAUAGCGUCUGUCGACCUACAAGCUGCAGGCCUCGUCAUGUUCAAGAAACUAUUCGAGAUAGCCCCAGAGCUGAUUGAAAUAUUUCCAUUCGACGGAGAGGACUUGAACGAUGAUAACGUGAGCCUGAGGAAGCACUCAAUGCAAGUGAUGCAGAGUAUUAACGACGCCCUUGGAAUGGCCGACCAACCAGAGGAGCUAAAAGAGACACUUAUUGGCCUCGGAGUGGUUCACAACAUGAGCAACGUCCAGUUAGAAAGUUUUGCUCCUGUUGGACAAGCAUUAAUCUAUGCCUUGGGUGAUGUUUGCAAGGACAAGUUCACUUUCGAAGCAAGGACCGCCUGGGUAGCCCUCUAUACAGCAGUACAACACUAUAUGACUCUUGGUAUGAUCGAAGGAUUAGACGCUUAACACUUUAUAUAUGAACCACACAUCUCUGUAAUAUCAAAUGCAAAAAAUUUUAUUUCUUAUAAUAAUUCAAUGUUAUCUAGCUUAGUAUUAUUAUAUUAUUAUCCUGCAUGCAGGUCUAAGAUGCAGUUUUUAUAAUUAUUAUAAUUGAUUGUUGUAACUCAUCUUUUUGUUCUAAAAUUGUGUUUUUAUUGG